CGUCGUUAGAUGCCACAUACUUACUUCCAACCGGCCAUUUUGUUACUUGUUUGUUUUGAUCAUUUGUCAAUUUUUACAAUAGUUUGAAAUUUUACAUCAUUUUCUUAUGAAGAUUUAAAGGAAUUCAGACUAUGGAUGAGGAUGCAAGCGAUAGAUCAAGCUUGUCAUCAAGAGGCUCUCCUCCUGAUGUACAAGAUUGCAUUCCUUUUUGUCACGAGCAUCCAGUAAUAACAUUUCAGAAAUGGGUGUAUCAACAAUUAGAUAUGAAAAAAAGCGGUAAUUCUUAUGAAGAUUAUGUUACAAAUGUAAUUCUAGCGACUGUUACAACUCCCGAUACUGUUCUUUUUUAUAUGCACCGAGAGAAAGAAUGUGACUGCUAUUUCUUUAGAAAAUCAAAAAAAUGCUUUCACGUUUUAAGUCCAGUAAAUCAAGAAAAUUUCGAGACAAUUACAAAUAAACUGAGAUCUGAAAACCUUCGUUCGUUACUUCUUUGCGAUAAAAGCGAUGCAGAAACAUUGUCUGGUUUGUUGAAACAGAUCUCUGUGAUUGGCCAGGGUGAAGAAAAAGAUGUACGGCCGGCUUAUAAGUGUAAAAGGUGCAAGUUUGUUGUUUCAGCAGCAAGGAAACAUCAGUGUUCAAAUACAAAUGAGAUCUAUUCUGUGCACAGUUGGAGAUAUAAACUUCCAUUUGUAAGCAAAGAUGGUCGAGAUAUUAUUUUUCGGACAAAUUAUAUACCUCUGCGUUCUGCUGAACUACAUCAUUUGAUACCCGUUGUGUCUAAAGUUUAUGAGAGACUUGAAGUUUUGGAAAUACGCACAAGUCUUGUCCAGUUAUUGGCUCAGGAUCCACUGUAUCAAGAAACUUUGGACGUCUUUGAAUAUCAAAAGAAGGACAAUGAUUAUAUUACUUAUCAUCUAUAUCUCUACUUAGUUCAUCGGCUUUUACCUCUCCUUGAAAAACUAUCUUUGCAAGAUGUUGAUAGAAAACUUCUUCCAGUUUAUACACUUAUUAGAACCAAGGAAAUAGACGUACUACGAGACAUAAUUGGCUCAGAUGAAGAUGCAGAAAUCAAUAUCAGAUUAAAUUCGUGUCCGGAAGAAUGUCGGGACCGCGUCCGAGAUCUUUUAAACGAUAUCCUCAAAAAAGAAAAGGAAACCAAUUCAGAUGAAGCUAACAAACACUUUGCAUUUGAUUACAACAAGAUGUGCGAAAACAUGAUAGUUGAUGGUCUUGAUACAAGUUCAAUGAAGGAAGAAUUCGCAUAUCUUGUUCGAUGUUUAGAUGUAAAAAUGCCGACUUAUAAAUAUAUAAGAGCUUUUAUAGCCCUGAAAUUUGCAAGAGGCGAAAGUAAUGAUUGGAAAUUCCACAACGACUUUUGCUACAGUGAUUCACCAAAAGGGCAGAUCAUAACAAAUAUUUUUGGUGUUAUUCCAAGAACAAGAGUUUCGGGGAAGUUACUUAUGAACGCGGUAUUGCUAUCAAGGGGACAUUUUAAUUACAAAAAUAAUGAACCAUGGAGGCAUGGGGUGAAAAGGCCGUUCAAGUCAAUUGAAAUCUAAGGCAUGGUGUUUGAAAGCAUUGAAGAUUCAAGUUCUGUGAAUUUAAAUCUUCGAAGAAAAAGGAGAAAAGAGCGAGAAGCUGUUUAGAAAAACAGCGAAAUUAAUAAGAGUGUACAAUUUACGAAAUGUCUAAUUUCUAACUCUAUUGUGAUCCCAAGAUAUAAUUUGUAAAUAUACGAUAUAUAAAUAAAUAAAUCUAUAAUGUAUUUUUUAUUUAUCAAAUUGAAUUUGAAUAAAUCGAUUUAAUGGUUUUUUAACUACCAAUAAAAUACGAUGAUACGAAUAUAUUUUGAAUCGAAGCUCAAACAUUAUCUACUUUGCAUGACGAUAUAUUUAAAUGAUCUAGUUCUUAGGGUUUUUUCGGGUAUUCCAUUCGAAUAAUAAGCAGGCAAGUUUAGGAGCGGUCAUCAAUUUUAUUGUUUUGUUUAUAUAAACCGCAAAGUACUAUCUUGUUUUGAGUUGGCGGUUUAGAUUAAUUUUUCCUGUUUUAUCGUUUUCUUGUAAUUUUUUAUUUUCUGUGUACAAAAUGCUAAAUCACUAUUCUCUGAUGUAUAAAAGAAGUAAAACAUUAUAUUGCUUCCAAUAAAUCACAAAGAAAAUUGCUUCAAAUUUCAACGGGAAAUUUUUUUGAAAAAAAUAUGAUUCAUCUGGAUAACCAUAUUUAUUAUAUGAUUCUAGAAAAGGCACAGACUGACACAUUUGCAAUCAAGCAAUUAAAUUAUAAUUAACAUUAACUAGACAAUACAUACGUAUCAGAAAUAAGCAAUUUAUUCGCAUAACAAUGCUUUAAUAAUGUAAAGUAAUUAUUAUUAAUUACAACUGGAAUCUAGUCGGCCUCUCUUCUUUG